AUGCUUGAUGCCGAGCAACAACUGGUCGUGUGUAGUCCAGAGCCAAAGGACCUUCUCCGGUAUCUAGCCACUUAUCAGGUCGUUGUCUGCACAGCCUGUUCGUAUGCAAUCCAGCCGAAUGCUAUUGCCAGGCAUCUGAAGGAGAUACAUCUUCUUCAAAGAGCAGCAAGGAGACCGUACAUGGACCAUGCCUCAAAGCUUCAGCUUGCUGACCCUUUCCACGUCCUUCGUCUAGAACCAGUGGAAUUUCCAGUACCCUUGCUCCCCGUCUACGACGGAUUCAGUUGUACCUACCAAGAAUGCGGCCACUUGUGCAUUACCGAAAAGCGCAUGAAAGCCCACUGGUCUUCCACGCAUGGAAGACAGGGACAGCCUAGUGUGGAUUUCAAGUAUGCAUCCCUACAGACCUUUUUCAAAGGGAACUUGCUACGCUACUUCACAGGCGGUCCAGCGAUCCCUAAACCAAAGCCAGUAGCUGAAGAGACGUUUAAGCUCAGAAGUCAAAGAACCCAUGAAAUUGGACAUUGUGGAUUGCCACUACCUCCACUUGUUGCAAAAUCAUAUAACUGGGCAAAUGAGCUGGAAGAAUCCGACUUGUUUUUAAUAAGUCAUUAUAUGACGAGCACAUAUCUGAGCAUCUCGUCAGCGGAAGACACCCUUGAAAUGUGGAGGACAAACGUCCCUAGAUUGGCGCAGCAGCAUUCAUUUGUGCUGCAUGCAAUCCUCGCUUGUACCGCUCUUCAUUUAGCAUACCUUAAUCCAUCCGGACGAGAAGAGAUGAUAAUCAAAGCUCGUAUCCACCAGGCCAAAGCUAUGCCACUAUUCCGUGCCGCCAUUGCAGAGGUGGACUCAAAGAACUGCCACGCCGUUCUGAUCUACACGCACCUCCUAGUGAUUAACUCCUUCGCUAGCGAAGAGCAAGAUGAGAAACUCUUUCUCGGCGACACCGAAGACGAAGAAACCCUUCCAUCCUGGCUUUUCUUCUUGAGGACGGGCUGUUCGAUGCUCUGCGGUGUAUGGGAUGGAAUAGCAGAAGGGCCGGCGAAACCGCUAGCCGCCGCCUGGGAAACACCUAUCGACACCACAGCGUUUGCAUUUGAACCUUAUGUAGACUAUUUUCUGGCAGUUCCUCAAGAGGAGUGGCUUGAUUCGGAAAGGACUUGUUACAUUGAAGCAGCUAAUGAGCUCGCACGAGCGUUCUCAUGUAUGAACGCGCUUGGAAACAGAAUCACCACAUGGGAUGCGAUGCGGAUCUGGCCGAUGAGGAAGAGCCUUGAGUAUAUCGAACUGCUUAGGGCGUGGCAUCCUGGGGCGUUGAUAUUGUUGGCCCAUUUCUGUUUGAUUCUGGAAAAGUUGGACGGAUAUUGGUAUUUUAAGGGAAGGUCGCAAAGGGUGCUUAGCACGGUUGCGAAGAGGCUCGAGGGGAGAUGGCACCGAUAUAUUGAAUGGCCAUUGACGGGAGUCGCGCCAUUAUUUUGA